AUGAAGAGGAAGGAGGAUCAGAGACUUCUGAACCUUAUUCCUCGUGCUGGUGUGGAGAACAGCACAAAACAAAUCAAUGGAAGAGUGGACAACAACAAAACGCUGCAAAGCAUUGCAAGUUUGAUCUCUUGGUGGGGAUACUUGGAAGACUUCAUUCAUCCAGACUCAGACCUCUUCUCUCACGCUUCUACCAGAAGAAUUGCUCCAUUUACUGAGAUAGCGAUCUGGCUGAAGAGAAGAAAACAAAGACAGCGAGUGAAGAUGGUGAUGGAGAAAAUGAUAGACACUCUGAAGAAGAGGAGGAAAAACAGCACGUCCAGCCAGCUGCCCAGCAGCAAGCGGAUGCGCACCGCCUUCACCAGCACGCAGCUCCUGGAGCUGGAGAGGGAGUUCGCCUCCAACAUGUACCUCUCCCGGCUGCGGCGAAUCGAGAUCGCCACCUACCUGAACCUCUCCGAGAAGCAGGUGAAGAUCUGGUUCCAGAACCGACGGGUCAAGCACAAGAAAGAAGGCAAAAGCGGCUCCCACCGGGGCGGGGGGGCCGGCCACAGCUGCAAAUGCUCGUCCAUUUCCACCACCAAGUGCUCGGAGGACGAC